GUUUCGACUUAAAUAAUUUACUUCAAAACAUUGUGUUUACUUGUGUUUUUACGUGAAUAAGUGAAGAUUGAAGUUACGAAAAAUGGCUACGGCGGAUCAAUUGAUGACUGUUUUGCAAGAUACGGCAAGUUUACUUCAGAAAACACAAGUGAAUUUAAAGAAAUGCCCUAAGGCACGAUUAACAAGAGGUUAUGUUGAGGCGAGAUUAAAUUGCUUACAACAGUACUGGGCGACGUUCAAACAAACACAUCAAGAACUUAUAAAGGUUAUGCCACGCGAACAACGAGCUGUCACGCAAUAUUUUAUUAACGAAGAAUACUUUAUUUACGAAGAUUUAUACCUGAACAUUGAAGGCGAUCUUAAGGACUUAUUGAACAACAACACAAAACAAAUCAACCACAAUAUAAGUAACUCGGAUAACCAAGUGGGAAAAUUACCUCGAAUUCAACUUCCAAGUUUUACUGGUGGUUAUGAACAAUGGCCCACUUUUAAAGAUUUGUUUUUGUCUAUUGUGCAUAACAAUGCGUCGCUUAGUAAUGUACAAAAAUUGCAUUAUUUGAAGACCAGUGUAUCCGGCGAGGCAGAGGCGAUUUUAAAGCACGUUCAAAUUACCGAGAGUAAUUAUACACAAGCGUGGGACAUUCUUCAAAAACGGUAUGGAAACAAAAAGUUAAUAGUGAAUUCUAUAUUGAAGCGGUUAUUUAUGCAAAAGAAAUUAAAUACUCAGUCGGCCACUCAACUGAAAUCAUUAUUGGAUACUACAACUGAAUGCUUAAAUAGUUUACAAAAUUUGAACAUGGCCACCGAUUCCUGGGAUCCUUUAAUCAUUUUUCUGGUAGUGCAGAAAUUGGACCCGGAGUCACAUAAGGAUUGGGAGGAGUACGCUCACAAGGACGAUUCUGAGGAAUUACCCAAGUGGACAGACUUCGUCAAAUUUCUGGAAGCUAAAUUCCGAACGCUCGAGCUCAUCACCGCUGCUUCAUCAACUCCGCGCGAAAGAACAGUAAACAAAGAACGCACGUUCCACGCUACAGAAUCACACACAGAGAAGAGUUGUGUCAUGUGUAAAGGUAAUCACACACUCGCUCAUUGCAAAGACUUUACAAAGAUGCUACCCACUGAGAGAUGUGAAUAUACAAAAAACAAUAGGCUGUGUUAUAAUUGUCUAGCGCCAGGACAUGCGGUUUUCAAGUGUCGAUUGCCCAUGUCAUGUCGUAUAUGUCGCAAGCGCCAUCAUUCACUCGUCCAUGUCUCCAAGAGCCCGGAAACAGCAGAACAAGAUAGCAAGACUCAACCGACGCUCUCCAAGGUCAACGAGACUGAACCAGAAAUUCAAGCUACCGUGGCAAUUGCAUCUCAUCACACAGCUAGACAUAGUGAUGGCUUAUUAGCAACUGCAAUCGUAAACGUUAAGAGCGGGCAAGGUCACACCAUUGCACUGAGAGCUCUCAUCGACCCAUGCUCACAGGCAUCUUUCAUCAGUGAGAAAGCGGCCCAAUUACUUAAACUUAAAAGAGAGUCAACAAGAGCAAGCAUAACUGGAUUGGGGCCUAUAAAGGCGAACGCAAAUCAAGUGGUUCAAUUACAGGUUUCGUCGCAAUAUCAAACGUCGUAUUCCAUACAGCUUCGAGCCUAUGUGAUUUCUAAGCAAUUGACCACUCAAAUGCCCAUGAAAACUAUGAAUACAAGCCACUGGUCUCACAUACAAAAUCUACACCUGGCUGACCCAAGUUAUAAUACACCAGGUCCAGUAGAUCUUCUCCUUGGAGUGAAAGUAUAUGCACAGAUUAUCCAAGAAAAUACACCAAUAAUUAAGGGUCCACCGGGUACACCAUGUGCUCAGAAAACAUACUUUGGCUGGAUCUUGUUUGGAGAUAAUGGAGAGACGGAUACAAGUAUACAAGAAAAAUCUUUCAUUACGAUGCAUCAUCAAGUCGAUGUUGAUGAUUUAUUGAAGACUAUAUGGGAGGUAGAACCAGAUACAAAGAGAACAUUAACUGAAGAAGAACAAACAUGUGAAAGAAUUUACGAAAGUACCUACAAAAGAAAUGAAGAAGGAAGAUACAUCGUCAAAUUACCUUUAAAAACAGAAGUACCACGAGCAUGUGAAGGAAAUACACGAGAAAUAGCACAGAACAGAUUAAUACAACUAGAGAGAAGAUUUCUAAAAAUGCCAAAGCUCAAAGAAGAAUAUGUAAAGGUGAUUGACGAUUACAUCGAACAGAAGCACAUGGAAAAGGUACCAACCGAAGAAAUACAUACAAAGAAGAGUGUAUACUUAGCCCACCAUGCAAUUAUUCGAGAAGAGAAGGAAACUACAAAAACGCGCGUCGUGUAUGACGCGUCGUGUAAGGGUACCAAUGGUUUCUCAUUAAACGACGACCUUCUGGUUGGGCCAGUGUUACAAGAAGAUUUGCGAAGUUUGAUAAUGAGAUGGCGAAUGCACGCUAUAUGCUUCGUCUCAGACAUUCACAAGAUGUAUCGGAUGGUGCUGACAACCAAAGAAGAUUCCGACUAUCAGAGAAUUUUAUGGAGAAGUAGCAGCGACAAGGAAAUAGAAGAUUACCGUCUCCUUACAGUAACUUUUGGAACAGCUUCAGCUCCAUAUCUGGCAGUUAAAACUUUGCGACAGCUGGCUAUAGAUGAAGGAGACAAGUUUCCUGUUGCAGCAAAGAUGAUCACAGAAGACUUCUACGUCGACGACCUGAUGUCGGGAUGUGACACCACCGAACAAGCCAUAGAAGCCAGCAACCAAUUGCAAGAAGUUAUGCGAAAGGGUGGAUUUCAGCUAAAAAAAUGGUCAUCCAAUAGUGUUGAAUUUAUGCGAAGUUUGAAGCCCGAAGAUAGAUCAGCUAACGCGCAUCUUGAUUUAAAUAUGGACGGCACGAUUAAGGCACUUGGUGUUCAAUGGAACAUGGGAACAGACCAAUUCGAGUACAACCUCAACCUUCCAGAAGUAAACAAUCACAUCAGCAAACGAACAAUUUUGUCUGAUAUCCAGAAACUGUUUGACCCUCUGGGCUGGAUCUCACCAUGUGUCCUGAUGGCUAAAAUACUGAUACAGAAGUUGUGGCUAGCAAAGGUGAAUUGGGACGAGGAACUUAGUCAACCCUUAAAAGAUGAAUGGCUUCAAUUAAGAGCAGACUUGAGACAUGUCAAUGAGAUCCGUAUUGAUAGAUGGCUUGACACUUUGAGCACUGAAGGAGCAAAUAUUCAGAUACACGGGUUCAGUGAUGCCUCUAUCUCCGCAUACGGGGCAGCCGUUUACAUUAGAGUAGAAAGGGCGGAUGGUACAGUUAAAACAAGGUUGAUUGCUUCGAGAACAAGAGUCUCUCCCGUGAAGACUGUCUCAUUACCCAGAUUGGAACUGUGUGGAGCUGUCGUGUUGGCAAAAUUGUUAAGACAAGUCAGCCGUGCUAUGAGAAUACCAGCUUCACAAAUAUUCGCAUGGACAGAUUCUUCCAUUGUAAUUUCAUGGAUUUUCGGCGAACCACAAAGAUGGAAAACGUUUGUGGCAAACAGAGUUGUGGAAAUAACAAACAAUGUUAGUCAAAACCAAUGGCAUCAUGUCACUUCACAGGAUAACCCCGCCGACAUCGCUUCCAGAGGAAUGUACUUGUCCGACUUGAAGGCUUCUAAGCUAUGGUGGGAAGGGCCAGAAUGGCUAUCUAGAAAAGAAAUAGAAUACAGAAGACCAAAUGUCAUUUCCACUGACAUAGAAAGCAAGAAUGUGAUACAGACAAAUUUAAACGUGCAUGGAAGCGAGAAGGAGAGUAAUUUGACAGACCAAUUUAAAGAAUUUGAUAAUUUACAAGAAUUAAUAAAAACAAUCACAUAUUGCCGCAAAUUUCUGAACAUGAAAAAACUGAAAAUAGACAAUUUAAAUCUAACUACUCACGACUUGGAACGCACACUGCAAAUAUGUGUAAGAAUUGUACAAAAAGAAGAGUUUGGAGAAGAAAUAGACAGAAUAAUGACAAACAAACAAAACCGUUUCUCCGAGGCUGUUGAGCUGCAGCAGCAGCAGCAGCUUCAAGCAGCUGGAAGAACAGCAGUAAGCAUCUCUACGAUCGGAAGAAAGCUGGAAGAGAAGAGGAUGUUGCCCCGUAGCACUGCUAUAGGCCCCCAAUCGAAGCCAGAGCAUCGAAUAGCCAGGAGGCAAUUUUGCCGACUGCACGAAGAGGACGUUUAA